AUCUCAAGACUGGAGUCUCAUCUCUCCUGGUGCUAGAAUCCUGCUUACCUGUAGGCAAAUCAUGACAUAGAUGGCAACGAAUGCUCAAACUCCUGAUCCUUCUCCAAUUGAAUUGCACCUGUUGAGAAGUCCUGAUAUUUUUGUUUGGAUUCUCUCAUGCUGAUCAUUUGCCUGAACCCCAGACAGAGAGGCAGUCUGCAGAGCUAAAGCAGAGAGAAUGGAUUGGAAAAAUUCAGAGCUCGGGAGAGACCUGUGAAGGUCAAGACUUGAAGAGCAGUGGGUCCUGAGUGCCUAAAAGUUGCUGCCAAUAAGAGGAGAAAGACGUUCACUUCUUGUUAGUAAAGAAACAAUGGCACCAUUCACUUAUUUCGGAGUUCUGUCUGGAGCUGCUCGUGAAGUCAGAAGGAAGAGUUCUGUGAAAGAUACGAUAGAAGAGAGAAUUGUAUGGUUGCUCUUUCUACUAGAUGGGCUGCCUGGUGGAGUAGAACCGAGAGCGUAAUUAUACAGGUUGCAGGUAUAAAGGGCAGUGAACAGGCAGAAAAAUGUUUCUGGUAGCUUGUGACACCGGCAGUUCAAGAAUGGACAGAAAACAUGGGAGAUACAUCGUGAAUGUCGAACAUUCUGAAAACCAGCCGUCAUCCCUGAACCUAAGAAACCAUGAAGCUCACAGAUCGGCAUGUCAAUUUCCAACAUCAACCGAUGUGACUGGUGAUGUAACUGUGACUGGUACUGAUUUAACUGGUGCCUGCACUGACACAGGGACCCUUGGACACUCAGCAUUUCCAAACAGAGAAUUCCAACAUUGUCAGGUGACACAAAAUUUCUUCACCGACUGGUCUCUUUGGAAGAUCUUCCUGGCUUGUCUCUUAGCCUGUGCUAUAACAACAACAAUUGGAGUGCUCAUAGAGUGCCUGGUGUAUAAUGGGAAGAAUAAUAAUACCUCCAUUGUUAUUCAGCUUCCUCAAAACCACGGGACAACCUCAUCUACUAGUUCUGAAACUAUAGUUCCUACUGCGAUAACAGAUUCUACCAGCACAUCCGAUUCAACUACCAUCACUAUGACCACUGCUAGAACUUCGAGAGAACCAACUAGUACAAAAACCAUUGCUUCUACUGACACUCUCAUAGCAACAGCCACCACUGCAACUUCUCCCACUUUUACUGAACUUAAAACGACGGCAGGAACAAGCAUUCAACUAAACCAAAUACCACAAUGACUGCCAGCAAUGCUACUGAGGCAAAAACAACAAAGACCACUCCUCCUGCUUCUGCUGAACCUGCAGCCACAGCAACAGUCACCGAUUCACUUCAACCCACUACCACAAAGAUUACCGGCACAACCACUGAGCCUACAACCACCACAGCCACCGCUACAGCCUCUACAGAACCUACAACCACCACAGUCACCAGCACUCUCUCUGUCAAACCCACAAUCACCACAGCGGCCACUACCUCAUCUGAACUGACUACUACAGAAACUUCCAGCACUAACACUGAGGCUAGAAUUGCCACAGCUGCCAUUAUAAUGUCUGCGGUACCUACAACCCCCGAGGCCACUGCUAUAACUGCUACUAAACCUACCACCUCCAAGGCUACCUCUACAACUUCUACUGAAACUGCUAUCACCAUGGCCACCACGACUUCUAACAAGCCUAUGACCACCGCAGCUACCAUUACAACCUACUGAACCUACAACCACUAGAGCAGUUGCCACCUCAUCAGUACCAACUAUCACAACUUCCAGUGGUACCACUGAAGCCACAGCUGCCACAGCCACCACUGUAACUUCUGUGGAACCUGAAACCACCAUGGUCACAACUGCAACUUCUAUGGAACCUACAACUACAAUGGCCACCAUUACAACCACUUCUGAACCUACAGUCGCCCAGCCACCACUGUUGUCUCUACUGAACCUAUAACCACCACAACAGCCACCGUGGAAUCUGAACCCACUACCACAAUAACUGUUAGCACUACCACUAAUGCCACCACCACCAUAGAUACCAUUAAAACUUCUCUCGAACCUACAACCACCAUGGCCGCCACUAUAUCUAAUGAACCUACAACCAACACAGCUAUCACUAUUGUCUCUACCAAACUUCACCACCACCACAGCAGGCACCACAGCAUAUGAACCAACCACCAUAGUAACUGCCAGCACUACACUGAAGCUACAACCACCACAGAUACCACUACAACUUCUACUGAACCUGUAACCACCAUGGCCACCAAUACUGACUCUACCAAACCUACAAAAACAACUAUGGCCACCAUUUCCUCUGAACUGACUACACAAUAACUGCUAGCACUACCACCGAGGCCACAACUAACACAGCCACUACAACUUCUACUGAACCUACAACCACCAUGGCCAUGACUACAACUUCAAACAAAUUUACAACCCCUACAGCCACCACUGUUGUUUCUACUGAACUUAAAGCCACAACUGCAGCCACCACAGCAUCUGAACUGACCACCGCAGUAACUGCCAGCAAUACUACUGAGGCUACAACCGUCACGGCCACUGCUACCACUUCUACCUAACCUACAACCACCACAGCCAACACUACAACAUUUACCAAACCUACAACCGCUAUGGCCACCACCACUGUUGUCUCUACUGAACCUAGAGCCACCACACCAGCCACCUCAGCAUCUGAACUGACUACCACAAUAAUUGCCAGUACUACCUCUGAGGCCACAACCACCAUAGACACCACUAUAACUUCUACUGAACCUACAACCACUAUGGCCACCACCACAAUUUCCACCAAAACCCACAGCCACUACUACUUCUACCCACAGCCACUAGUACUUCUACCAAACCUAUAACCACCAUGGCCACCGAUGUAACUUCUACUGAGCCUACAACUCCCAUGGCCACCACUAUAACUUCCUCCAAAGGUACAACCACCACAGCCCUCACCACAACCUCUACCGAACCCACAACUGCCACAGCCACCACUGUGUCUCUACUGAACUUACUGCCACAACAUUAGCCACCACUUCAUCUGAACGGACCACCACAAUAACUGCCAGCGCUACCACUGAGGCUACAACCACCACAAAUACCAGUAUAACUUCUGCUGAACCUGAAACCACCACAGCCACCACUAUAAUUUCUACCAAACUUACAACCGGCAGGGCCACCACUACCAUUUCUACUGAACCUACAACCACCAGCCACCACAGCCGUCAUUUCAUCUGAACUGGCUACCCCAACCAUUGCCAGCACUACCACUGAGGGUACAACCGCCACGGCCACCAGUACCACUUCUACUGAACCUAUAAUGACUGUGGGCACCACUACAACUUCUACCAAACCUAUAAUCACCAUGGCGCCCACAGUUGUGUCUAUUGAGCCUACAACCACCACGGCCACUACUAUAAUUUCUACCAAACCUACAAUCACCAUAGCCACCACUACAACCUCUAAUGAACCCACAACUGCCACAGCCACCACUAUUGCCUCUACCAAACUUAGCACCGUAACAGCAGUCACUGUAGCAUCUGAACUGACUACCACAGUAACUGCCAGCACUACUACUGAGGCUACAACCACCACUGUAACUUCUACCAAAAUUACAACCACCACGGCCACCACUACCACUUCUGCAUUUACGACCACCACAGCCACCAAUCCUGCCUCUACUCAACCUACAACCACCACUAGGGCCACCACAUCAUCUGAACUGACUACCACGACGACUGCCAGCACUACCCCUGAGGCUACAACCACCAUGGUUGCCACUACAACUUCUACUGAACCUGUGACCACCAUGGCCACUGUCAGUGCUUCUGCGAGACCUAUGACCCCCACAGCACCCACCACUUAAUCUUAACCAGCUACUACGAUGUCUGCCAGCAUGAGCACAGAAGCUAUAAUUAGAACAGCCACCACUGCUACUUCUAACGAACCUAUGACCACCACAGUCACCACUACACUUUAGACCACUCUCCUGAACCUACAACCCCAGGAACUGCCACCACUUCCACUGAACUGCUUCUGCAGUGACUGAGAGUGGUACUACCACAGAGGCUGCAACCACAACAGCCAGUACUGCUGCCUCGACUGAACCUACAACCACAGCAAUAGCCACUGCUUUUACUGAACCCACUACCACAAUGACUGCCGGUACCGCCACCGAGGCUAGAACCACAGUGGCCACCACUGUUGCUUGUAUCGAAUCUGUAACCACCACAGCAGUCACCGCUUCAUCUUGUCAUAAGCACAACGGCAACACCUUUUAUUCAGCUGAACCCACCACCAUAAUUCCAAGCAUUGUCUUUCAAUGGAACGUAUCACCACAACUGCCGUUACCGUUUUGGUUGUGCCCACGGCCAUUUCUACCAGGACUGUAUUAACUGAAUCUAUGACUGUUAUAACUUUUACUGAAAAUUCUGCUAUCAGAUUAUAGUACCAGUUCAGCUCUUUCCAAUCCACAUUGGCAGUCCCUCCCACCACCACUGAAGGUACGGCUACAUAAAUCAUCCAACAACAUUCAGUAAGAUCUGAAUCAUUCCUGUUUCAAAUGGACCUAUGAUUACCAUCAGUUUGACAGGAUUUCUAGGUACUCCUCCUGGCUUCUCGACUGAAUUUACAUCAUUUGCCAGAGCCACCUCCACUUCAAUGACUGAAUCUAGUCUGUUUUCUGACUCCACUAAAACAUCACCUUCGAUCUCCACUGCCACCACCUAAGUAUAAAUAAAAUAACUACGCAUGCUACCAACUCAACGAACUUUCCCAUCACAACACCAUAGUGACUUUAGCUGAAUGUAUGAUCUAUAACCAACAUUACCUGCUAAUGGAAAGUACAACCACAAAUUUUAAAUAAUCUAUCGCCAUACAGCUAGCCAUUGCCCCACCCCUUCAAAUAAGUCCUUAGCCACAAUAAUAGCAUUACAUUAAUAAAGCAUGCUGGCACCAUAACUUCUACUGAAAUUUCAUGAUAGAAGGCACUGCAUCAGUCAGUUUUACAGUCAUACUACCAUUUCUACGCAAACUGUUUCUACAAUUCCAUUUCUACCGUAUGUACUAAUACAACAGACAAAACUUCACCAAACCCUUCAGUACCUUUCACCUGAAUCUAUAAGCACUAUAAUUUGUAUGGGCAUGUUACUCAAACUCUCCAUUACUUACUCCUCUGAACUAAUGCUGCCGGUAUUUCCAGUAAAUCCAGUAAGUCACACCAUCACUCAAAAAUGGCAAAUUCAUAACGACCUCUUCCAUUGCAGCUGUGGUUAGGAGGCCUGCAAAUUAAAUCCUAACAUCCACUAUUAUCACCCCCACUUCAGAACCUGUAUCUAUUAUUCGUACCAUAGGUGGUUCCAUGGCCAAUAACUGCCAACAUAUAACAGUUACCAACAUACCUACUUCUAACACAAGGUUUUCUUAAUGACCAGUUCAACUAUCAUCAUAAUGAUAAUGAAUUUCACUCCCAAAACAUUAAUAUUAUCAUUUAUUAGACCUGAUCAUUUAAUGUGGAGAGUCUCUAUUUUUUUGAAUUUUUAGUACAAUUUUCACACAAAGUAAAUCCAAUGUAUGUAUUUAUGUUGAAAACCUAUUAUGAUUAAAUAAAAGGUUACUGUGA